GCUCCAGAUCCAGGUCUCCAUGAUGUUUGAUGGCCACUCAGCCGUUGAUGUGCACCCUAAAACCAGUACGGAUGACUUAAAGGCAUUUACGUCCCUUAGCCUGUACAUGAAGCCUCCUUCGAAGCAGCCGGAACUGGCAGGGACAGCAGAUCAGUUCAUCCUGUACCUUGGAAGCAAAAAUGCCAAAAAAGAGUAUAUGGGUCUUGCAAUAAAAAACGAUAACCUGGUAUACAUUUAUAACUUGGGAACUAAGGAUGUGGAGAUUCCACUGGACUCCAAGCCUGUCAGUUCCUGGCCUGCUUACUUCAGCAUUGUCAAGAUUGAAAGGGUAGGGAAACACGGAAAGGUGUUUUUGACAGUCCCAAGUCUAAGUAGCACAGCCGAGGAGAAGUUUAUUAAAAAGGGGGAGUUUGCAGGAGACGACUCCUUGUUGGAUCUGGACCCUGAGGACACGGUGUUUUAUGUUGGUGGGGUGCCUUCAAACUUCAAG